GAGGCGGGGCUUGUGCAGGACAGAGUGGCACUCACAAGCAUGAGGUCCUCCCUGCUGGCACCUCUGCUUCUCUCCCUGGUCCUGGCAGCAGGAAGGGAUGUCACAGGGGAAAAGGUGGAGAAAAAGGUGGAGAAGAAGCCCAACUUUGUCCUGAUGAUGGUGGAUGACCUGGGUAUAGGUGAUAUCGGCUGCUAUGGUAAUGAUACCAUCAGGACUCCUAACAUCGACAGGCUUGCUUCAGAGGGGGUGAAGCUGACCCAGCACGUUGCAGCUGCUCCUCUCUGCACCCCGAGCCGAGCCGCUUUUAUGACGGGCCGUUAUGCUAUUCGCUCAGGAAUGGGCAGUACAGGUCGUGUCCAGGUGUUGCUGUUCCUUGGAGGUUCAGGGGGGCUUCCACCCAGUGAGACGACCUUUGCCAAGAGGCUGCAGCAGCAAGGAUACACCACUGGUCUCAUAGGUAAAUGGCACCUGGGUGUGAGCUGUGAGAGCAGAGGAGAUCACUGUCAUCAUCCCAACCAGCAUGGUUUCAGCUACUUUUAUGGGCUUCCGUUCACGCUGUUUAAUGACUGCGUCUCAGGAGAAGGAUCCGAUGUGCUGAAAGAUCUUCAGGAAGCUCUAAGGAAUCUCACCCUGCUGCUUCUAAUUGGGAUUUUCACAAUAGUGUGUGUCCGUGUAAUGGGUCUUCUUGAAGUCAGCCUCUGGCUCCUGGUUCCUCUUUUCCUCCUCAGCAUACUAGCAGCUGCUGUGUGGUAUUUCCCCUUUAUGCUUCUGCCAACCUGGAACUGCAUCAUCAUGAGGAACCAAGAAGUGAUCGAGCAGCCCAUGACAGUGGAGACGCUGCCCCACAGACUGCUGGGAGAAGCACAAAAUUUCAUAAAGAGAAAUGCUGAUCAUCCAUUCCUCCUGUUCUUCUCUUUGGCACACAUCCACACGCCACUCUUCACGACUCCAGCCUUCGCUGGCAAGAGUCGCCACGGUCGCUAUGGUGACAACUUAGAGGAAGUUGACUGGAUUAUAGGUAAAGUUACAGAGACCGUGGAUUCCCUCGGCCUCGCUGACAACACCAUGAUGUAUUUCACAUCAGACCAUGGGGGACACCUGGAGGAUGCCGACCCUCGGAUUGGCCAGAAAGGAGGCUGGAAUGGUAUAUAUAAAGGUGGGAAGGCUAUGGGAGGCUGGGAAGGCGGGAUCAGGGUACCUGGAAUUUUCCGCUGGCCUGGGAGACUGGCAGCAGGAAGGGUGCUGGAAGAACCCACCAGCCUCAUGGAUCUGUACCCCACCUUGAAAUAUUUAGCCGAGGACACAGAGCCAGACCGACAACUAGACGGCCAUAAUCUCAUGCCACUGUUGGAGGGCAAAACUGGGCGAUCUGAGCAUGAAUUCAUGUUCCACUACUGUGGGAUGUACCUCAAUGCUGUGCGCUGGCAUCCACCUGGCAGUGACUCCAUCUUCAAGGUGCACUUAUUCACUCCCAAUUUCUCUCCCCCGGGAGCUGGUGGAUGCUACGACACCAAGGUUUGCCUUUGCCAUGGAGACCACGUGACCCACCACGACCCACCGCUGGUGUACGACCUUUUCCAUGAUCCCUCAGAGUCGAGACCGCUGGCUCCUGAUACCGAGCCCAGAUAUGCAGAAGUCCUUGAGCAGACUGCCAAAGCCGUGGGGAGACACAAAAGCACCCUCACAAACCAACACACAGCUGAUAAAACCCAUUCAAAGGCCAGCACAGACGCACACGGCGUCCAAAACCAGUUGACCUGGGGAAAGAUCCUGUGGAGACCCUGGCUGCAGCCCUGCUGCGGGACUUUUCCCUUCUGUGGGUGCAAAGAGAACACAACAACUUUUUGAGACUAAAACUACAUUGUUUAGAUCUUUGCUUUUAGAUUAGGAUGCAUUCAAGGCACUUAUUGUACCUCAAAGCUCUUUUACAAAAUGGGUUAUAAGUAUGAAGGAUUUCUUUCAUUGAGCAAGUGUUUAACAGAAAGAAAAGAGAAAAUAAUAAGUUAAUUUAAGAUAAUUUAAUUUAAAGAAUUUAAAGAAAUAACUAUUCCUAACUUCUGAAGAAGUGUACAUAACAUACAUAAAGUAAACAUUAUACUUUAGCUCCGUGCAGGUUAGAUAGGGAUCUCCAACUCCCAGAUAUUUUCUGGUUUUUCCAGAAUAACUACUGGGUUCAGGUUAACAGUCUGGCUUGACUGCAGGGGGGCAGAUGUUAUGGUCUCUGUAGCUUCCCUCCUAAACUGGGAGCACACUCAAAAGCAUAAAAAUGUUCACAAGCAUUUUUCUCCAGACUUAUGAAGCUGUGCAUGGUUCUCUUUCAUAAAUAUUAAUAUACAUGAAACUUUUUUCACAUGCUCAACCUCGAUUCCCGCUCUCGUUUUUAGUUAAUACACACUCUCUUCAUUUUAGUCAUCAAAAACACUACUAAACUAAAUAGGCACAGAACAAGUCCCAUUUUACCAUUUUUUUUUGUUAUUGUAGACAAUAUAACAAAAGGGAUCAACUGCACUCUUUAAAAAUAUAUGGAAGGAUUGUAAGCUUGAAUUUCUCUAAAAAUGUGAAGAAUGCACGCACAUUCUUUUGUCUUGUGUGUUUCACUCUUGCUUGUUCAGGAAAACAUGAAAACACGUUUUUUUUGUGUAAACGAAGUUUAUGCAUCCGGCCCCCAGGGCUCUUCCAGCGUUUUAGUGAAGCUACUCAGUUUUCUUGUAGAUGUCUAACUUCAAACAUUCGUCACAAUAAAACAGUCCCUCCCAUGUUUUAUUGUAAGGAUGAUUUAUGUUGAGCUGCUCCACACCGUGUCGAAUCGUACACAUGCUGUUUGGAAUUGUGACCAAAAACCAAUGCUUUUUUUCCCAUCAGAUCCACCAGAUCAGCUUCAUGUGGUCUGAAAAUUGUCCGGAAAAGGUUUUUUUUUUUGUUUUUUUUUACCGCUUACACAGCCUCUGUUGCAUCUGUUGCAACUUUACCAUCUGUUAUCAACACUUUGUUAUUCAGUGGAUGAAGGAUCUGCUUUUUAAUUUAUAGCUUGUGCCUGAGAGAAAGCUAAGAAUAUUUGGAAUCUGUUUAUUACAAUAAAAGGAUUAAUG